GCAGCACGUGUGGGGGAGACUUGUUGCCCCAGGAAAUCGAACGGAGAAACUUUGGGGGGGCUGAGGGGUCCAGGGGAGCCCGAGUGAUUCCCCAGUUCUGGGGGACCCCUCAAGCACUCGAGACCUGUUGCUUCUCGUGGCGCGAGCGGGGUUGCUGCCUGGGACCCCCGAUUCCUGGCUCUGGGCAGAGUGGUGUGGUUGCUGCGGAUCUUGGUCCUAUAUCCCUACCGGGACCCCGCAGGCUGGGCUCUCUCCCACUCCUGGGAUCACGGGGGUGGCGGGGUCCUUCCCCUCCGCUCUUGUCACGUUGCACUCUGGGGGCCGGGACGUGUGCGGGCGGGGGGGGGGCUCGUCCACUGGGCCCGCUAUCCCUGGUUCUGCGCUUCGCGGUCCGGCUGGUGACCUUCACCGCAGCGCGUGCCCCGCACCAGGUUAGCGGAGGAUACGGGAUGGCCUCUAGGAGGAGGGCGUGAGUGGGGAGCCCGAGACUCGGGGUCCGGGCUGCGCCGCCCCUCCCCCGCCCGCCUCAGUCGGCUCCUCGCUCCCCCGCCCUCGCCGAGUCGCAAAGUUCCAAAGCGCAGCCCGAACGUUCGAAAAAGGAACUUUUUGUUUCCGACCUUAGAACGCGCGGCUUUAAGGUGGCUCCGGGGAGACCUGGGUACCCUCCUUCCGCACCACCGGGGCUCCGGGGUAGUGGAGGGUGGAAAAGGUGGGGGGAGACGCAGAGGCUCCCCCCUUAUCCCCCCUCCCGGAUCCAGCUCUUCUCUUUCAGCGGGCCGUCUCUUCCCUCCGCCCCUCUCUUCCCCGCCAACUUGCUCCUCCUUAAGGGGCCAAGGUUCCCCUCCCCCUCGGUCGGCGGACGGGGGGCAGCGGGAUUAACCCCCCUCCCACUCGGACUUUUCCCCCUCCCCUCCCCCGCCGCCCCCGGGCUCGCGCGGGCUGGACUUUGCGCCCAAGCGCGCAGGGGGAGGGGUCCCAGCCGCCCCCUGCCCGUCUACCCCGUCGGAAUCCGGCCCGGGGCGGGGACGGGGGAGGGGGAAGGGGGCCGGGCGCCGCUGUUCAAACUUGUUUCCUUCCCCCGGCGGCGGCGGCGGCGGCGGCGGCUCGGGCUCCAGUGUGCGGGUGUAUGCCCCGACCGGCCCACCCACCCCACCCCACCCCACCCCAUCCCCACCCCAUCUCCAUCCCCCUGCUCGGCGGGUGGGGGAGGCUUAAUCUUAAAGGGCAGGGGAUUGGGAUCGAGGAGGGGCCCUGGAGGUGGGGCCGGGGUGCGGAGUGCUGUAGGGUCAGUCACGUGCGUCCCACAGACUCCCCCAGCUUCCACUCGCUCCUGGGCCGCUGGGCCCCGGGGGCAGCAGGAGCCUCCUCUGGUCCGAAGAGGAGGCCGAGGCGCCUAGACAACCCCGCCUCAUCUUCCCUCCCUGCUACCGGCCUUGGCCUGAUGGGACCCGCUGGUUGCUUCCCCAACCCCGUCUGAGGGCCGAGCAGUGUGUGGGUUCUCCGGCGGGGGGGAGAAGAGGGGCAGGAGGCCUUGAAUGGCCUCCAAUCGGUGCAUCUUUCCAUCUGCCUCCUGGCCUGCCGCUCCGCACCCCUCCAUCCGAUCCUCCAUCCCGGCCCCUCUCUCCUCUGCCGUGGCUGUUUCCCACUUCCUGUUUUCUUCCCGGCUCUGGCGCCACAGAGGGCUGCCUGAAGUGGGGGAGGUAGUGGGGCCCCCCAGGAGGCCGGCGUGUUGUUCCUCUACCAUCACUCCUCCCUUCCGACCCUCAUGGUCCCUUAAAAAAAGUUUGGGCUGUCACGUGAGGUUGGGGGGGUGCCCAGGAGUUUUGUCCCCCCAGGCUUGCAGUCUGUCUGGGAGAAUCCCUACCCCGCCUCUGUGGGACCCAGGUGUGCUUCCGGGACCUCGCCAUCCCAGCCCUUCCUGUCUGUCUGCUGCCACUCUGCACCCUGCCUCGCAGUCUUGUGAACCCCUCUCUCUAUGUGUCUGCUCUCUCCCUGCCUCACUGGCCCCCAUAUUCCUGAGGUCCCACACCCCCAAGCUUCCUCUGUGCAGGUCUGGUGUUUCCCUGUUUUAAGCACGUGGACGCAUACACAACACACUCACACAUGCUCCCCUUGCCCGUGCCUGGCUCCUGGCUCCAGGGCCUGGGGAACAGAGCCCCAUUGAGACACCCUGACGUCACCCCCUCUUCAUUCUCCCCCCCAAAGCCAGGAACAGGCCCUCAUGUAUGCUGUGUCCGAUUAGGAAAGCCAUCCUUGGGGUGGGCCUGGGAGUGGGGAAGGGUCCCUGCCAGGAGUGGGAGCCAGGGUCCAGACCCUGGAGGAGGGGUUACUCAGGGAAGGGGUUUAACAAGGGGGCCUGGGACAGCUCCCAGAAUGCGGCUUGAGGCCUUUCCAGAGCCCCCCCACCUCCUUUCCGAGUUCCCUUUGUGUUGCAUGUAGUCUCUCUCACUCCCUCUCUUCUGCAAAGUUUAUUUUUAGCCUCCUGCUCCCCCGCUCCCAGGACUGUCGCUGCACACACGUUGCCUGGUUACCGGGACACGGAGGCUGGGGCGGGUGGGCUGGGAAGGGUGGCUUUAAUUUUGGGGGGAGGGUGGAAGUCAGUACAUCCCCUACCCCCAGACUGAUGUCUCAGGGGCUUCAGCCCCCCUUCUGGUUCUAGAGCCAGAUUGGAGCUGAGAUGGAAGUAGCGGGGAGCUUGGUGCCCUGAGAGGGGCCGGGAGCUUUGUGGAGGGGAUGUGAGGUCCAUGGAGCUGAUGGCUUGGUCACCUGGCUUCUAAAAGACCCUGGGCCUUGCAGGAGACCUUGUGAUCUGAAUUCUCUAGAAGGGGGCUGUUGGUGCUGGUCUGUGAACAGCGGGAGGUCAUACCCCGGUGGAAGAUGGAAGGCUGGAAUAUCUCAAUGGGGCAGGGACUCCAUGGGGUAUGCGAUACUGCAGCCCAGUCUGGCCAGGAUUUGGGGCCUGGGUCCCUGUGGGGGACGGGUUUGCCUUCCCGGAUUGGGCCUACAAGCCAGAGUCGUCCCCUGGCUCAAGGCAGAUCCAGCUGUGGCACUUUAUCCUGGAGCUGCUUCGGAAGGAGGAGUACCAGGGCGUCAUUGCCUGGCAGGGGGACUACGGGGAAUUCGUCAUCAAAGACCCUGAUGAGGUGGCCCGGCUGUGGGGCGUCCGCAAGUGCAAGCCCCAGAUGAAUUACGACAAGCUGAGCCGGGCCCUGCGCUAUUACUAUAACAAGCGCAUUCUGCACAAGACCAAGGGGAAACGGUUCACCUACAAGUUCAAUUUCAACAAACUGGUGCUGGUUAAUUACCCUUUCAUUGAUGUGGGGUUGGCUGGGGGUGCAGUGCCCCAGAGUGCCCCGCCAGUGCCGUCGGGCGGUAGCCACUUCCGCUUCCCUCCCUCAACGCCCUCUGAGGUGCUGUCCCCCACUGAGGACCCCCGCUCGCCACCUGCCUGCUCUUCAUCCUCAUCAUCCCUCUUCUCGGCUGUGGUAGCUCGCCGCCUGGGCCGAGGCUCAGUCAGUGACUGUAGUGAUGGCACAUCAGAGCUGGAGGAACCACUGGGAGAGGAUCCCCGGGCCCGACCACCCGGCCCUCCGGAUCUGGGUGCCUUCCGUGGGCCCCCACUGGCCCGCCUGCCCCAUGACCCUGGUGUCUUCCGCGUCUACCCCCGGCCUCGGGGUGGCCCUGAACCCCUCAGCCCCUUCCCUGUGUCUCCUCUGGCCGGGCCUGGCUCCCUGCUACCCCCUCAGCUCUCCCCGGCUCUGCCUAUGACGCCCACCCACCUGGCCUAUACUCCCUCGCCCACGCUGAGCCCUAUGUACCCUAGUGGUGGUGGGGGGCCCAGCGGCUCAGGGGGAGGCUCUCACUUCUCCUUCAGCCCUGAGGACAUGAAACGGUACCUGCAGGCCCACACCCAAAGCGUCUACAACUACCACCUCAGCCCCCGCGCCUUUCUGCACUACCCUGGGCUGGUGGUGCCCCAGCCGCAGCGCCCUGACAAGUGCCCACUGCCGCCCAUGGCGCCCGAAACCCCACCGGUCCCCUCCUCGGCCUCGUCAUCCUCUUCUUCUUCUUCUUCUCCAUUCAAGUUUAAGCUCCAGCCGCCCCCACUCGGACGCCGACAGCGGGCAGCUGGGGACAAGGCCCCAGCCAGUGCUGACAGGAGCAGUGGUGGCGCAGGCGGGCUGGCCCCACCGCCCCCGCCACCUCAGAUCAAGGUGGAGCCCAUCUCAGAAGGCGAGUCGGAGGAGGUGGAGGUGACUGACAUUAGUGAUGAGGAUGAGGAAGAUGGGGAGGUGUUCAAGACGCCCCGUGCCCCACCUGCACCCCCCAAGCCUGAACCCGGCGAGGCACCUGGGGCAGCCCAGUGCAUGCCUCUCAAGCUGCGCUUUAAGCGGCGCUGGAGUGAAGACUGUCGCCUGGAAGGGGGUGGAGGCCCCACUGGGGUCUUUGAGGAUGAGGGCGAGGACAAGAAGGUUCGUGGGGAGGGACCUGGGGAGGCUGGGGGGCCCCUCACCCCAAGGCGAGUGAGCUCUGACCUCCAGCAUGCCACGGCCCAGCUCUCCCUGGAGCACCGAGACUCCUGAGGGCUGUGGGCAGGGGACCCCUGUGCCCCCCACCCCCCAUGCUUCUUUUGCUGCCUUAAGCCCCCUGUGUCCUGGAGGUGAGGGCAGCUCUCUUGUCUCUUCUCUGCCUCCUCCCUUCCCCCUCCCCACAUUUUGUAUAAAACUUUAAUUUCUUUUUUUUAAAUGGUGGGGGUGGGUGGGUGCCCAGAGCUAGGGGCUGUUCCCUGUCUCUCUGGGUUUCUAAGCUCUGGGCAAAGUGGUGGUAGCGGGGAGGGAGGGGGAAGUUAGGGGGGCCACCUCCAUUCUGGGGAAUUUAUAUUUGAAUUGAGGCUCUGGCCUUAACACCCAGGAACUUUUUUAUUACAAUCGCUUAGGAAGUAAAGCCUUGUUUCCCUCCCUGUUCUCUGCCUCUUGUACCUUUUCCCUUCUGCCCUAUCCCUAGCCCUCCUCAGCCCCAGCCCUGCCUGCCCUGCCCCUCCAGGGGGCCAUGAGUGCCUAGGUUUCUCAUACACAACAAGGUCACAGCAGGGGAGGGAGGGACAGUUUGAUGAUGAACCAAAAAUUCCAUGUGUUUGGGGAGGGGGGUGGAGGGCGGUGAGGGGUACCGCCCAUGGGCCACAAAUCUUAACAAGUGCCUGCUAUCCCUCUCCCACUCCACCCCUGCACCCAUCCAGCCCCUUCACCCCAGCUGCUCCUAGGACUGGCCCAUGGGCAGGCGGGUGGGGGGAUGGGAAGGGGGUCCCUGAAACCAAACUGGAAGCCCCCUCUGCCUCCCAGCUGGGGCCUCUGGGGUGGGGUGGGGGGCUGCAGUCAAGCCUUAUUCUGUAUUGGGGACUGAGGGUGGGGGGAGUAGAGGGGCCGCUGGAGAAUGUAUUCAAAACAAUAAAACUUUGGACCUUUG